AUGAACUAUCUGCACCACCCUGCGUACCCUUACGGCGUCCAUGCCGGAAUUCACUUGGAUCAGCCAGGCCUUGUCCACCCAGCAAUAGCCAACAACAUAGACGGAUAUGUGUUGACUCGCCCUGCUUACGAAUUGGCCGACUACUACACUCAUAUGCCACUGAUGGAAGACUACGAGGAAUAUUCUGAGAAUCUCUCUCGCCCAAGGUUGACCAAGGAACAAGUAGAUACGCUCGAGGCCCAGUUUCAGGCUCAUCCUAAACCAAACAGCAACAAGAAGCGCGAACUGGCUGUCCAGACGAACCUAAGCUUGCCUCGCGUUGCGAACUGGUUCCAGAAUCGACGUGCCAAAGCCAAGCAACAGAAACGCCAGGAAGAAUUCGAGCGUAUGCAACGAGAGGCCAAAGAGAAGGAAGAUCAAAGCAAAUCUAUCAAAGAUGAAGAACAAGACUAUGGACUGCCUGGUUGCGACCAAAAAAGCCCCAUUCACAAGGACGAUAACAGCCAUGGUACCACAAAAUCCCCAACUCCGACACAAGCAUCCAAUUAUACCAAAGAUCGACCUCAGACUUCAGACAGCUCAUCGCUAUCACGGCCAAAACACCAAAAGACCGGUAGUGAUCUUGCUCAAGAGAAAACUUAUGCUUCUUUGCAAAGGGCAAUAAGUGCUGCAGUGGCCGCUCGUGAUCAGUACACUGGACCUUCCGAUGAUCACAUCUCUGUGGGGCCGACAGACAGAGCUUUCGAUGUACGACAGACAAACAUCCCCGUCCCCAGCGCAAAUAACACUCCUCAGACCUCUGCAAAUUCGACAUUAUCAGAGUGGGGCAGCAGCCGGGAUUCAUCGAUUGCUUGGACGCCGUCACAGAGUCCGGAGGAGGGUUACGAAUUCGGCAGUCUCAACAAUGUUCCGUUCGCUUCUGAAGUUGCACAAAUGGAUAACUCACCUAAUCCGGAUGUGUCUACAUCACAUGGCUUUGGUAGUAUCACUUCACGAUCACAACAGAUGUGGAACCCUCAGUUUCAGGGAAGGGCAGAGAUACACGCCUCGGAUCCCAUGUAUGGGUCUUUGUCAUAUUCUUCACUUCAACCACCUUCGGCCACUUCGUCGCGGCGCCCAUCGGCUUCAGAAGAGCUUGCCGACAGCAUAAGCGGAAUUGGAAUCAAUACUGCGGCUUUGGCCGGUAGCAUGGACUCCUCCAUGUGGCGGCGGCCUGAGAAAGAGCUAGAUAUCGCAGCUCGUCGAAAGAGGCCCCGGCCCGCCGCUAUUGGUACUGCUCAUCAUCGACUUUCGACCAACCCUUCUAUGGUGUCGCCAAAUGCAAGGAUGGCAAACUUUGGGGCCCCCCAUACGAUUCGACAUGCCAAGUCUUCUCAUACUUUAGGCUCACGGUAUGCGGGUGUCCGGAAGCUGUCAGCUACUCAGCGUUCACCCCUGGGCUAUUCAAGCUUUGCAGAGGCGGCAACAGCAGCAGCAGCAAAUGCUAGUUCGGAGUCGAGACAAAAGCACAGGCUGCACACGUCUGCAUCUGUGGGCAACCUGGCGCCUCCAACUCCACUUACUCCAGAGGACUUCCAACACAUGCUACUGACACCAACAACAAGCGACACUCAAAUGAAUUUCUCAACUCCGCACUUGACAGACACACAAGGCAACUUUCCCGUCACCCAGUCGAUGCAGAUCAACGUUGCAUCGCCACCCGAGACACCGCUGACCUUGGAUGUGUUUUCAGCAAUGCAGUAUCAGAACAUGGCACCCCCCUUGUCAGCGACUCCUCAGUAUGCAUCGUUCACAGACUACUCGCCCAUUACGAGCGAACCAUUGACCGGCGUGAGUUGGGCUGUCUCAACCCCUGAUGCGUCUUUGUUUCCAUCGAGUCUUCAAUCUCAACGGCAGCAGCCUCCUAUUUACAUUUAUGAGCAAGAUGAUGACGAACACCAAGAUCCUAAGUGGACGUUGAGUGGAGAUGACGGCUCGUCUCUUGAAGAACAUGAUCCCAACGGCAUGACUCAAUUCCAUAUCCACGAAUUUCCCAAGCAGCAAGAAGCGCAUCGAAAUGUAGCGCAACAAUUGGCGCCCCAGAUACCCAAGAAUUACACUUUCUCGAAUCAGACACCAAGCGAUUUUUGA